AUGGCCAGCCAGCUUCUGGUCGCCGUCAUCGUCGUUGCCGUCGUCGUCGCCGUCGUCGUCUGUGCCACGCCUCGUUUACUAACUGCGCUUGCGCUCUAUACGAGGGAAGAAAAGGAUGCCUUUCGUGCGGCGGCGGCGGCGGCGGCACCCGCCACUCCCUCCAUUCAUCCCAUCUCCACAGAACACACCAAACUCAGGUACCGGGGGGGUUCUAGACAACUCGCCAUCCGAUCCGAAGAGAUCGUUUAUGUGGGGGGGAAAAGGGUAAAAAGGGCAGAAGAAGAAGAAGAAGACGAAGAAGAAUCUUGUGAUUGA